AUGGUCUGGAGUCAUUAAAAAAUCUUCAACAAUUAAUUGUGGACCAUAAUCAGUUAAUCAGUACAAAAGGUCUUUGUGAAACACCUACUCUCCUUCACCUAGACUGCUCUUUUAAUCAUCUGACAGAAGUUGAAGGCAUUGAGAAUUGUGGCCUACUUCAGAUUCUGAAGUUACAAGGCAAUAACCUCCAGGAGAUUCCAAGACUGGAAAAUCAUGUUCUUCUAAGAGAACUAUAUUUGGAUGACAAUAACAUUGCUGCUAUGGGAAUGCUUUCUUUUUAUUGGUUGCCUCUAUUGCAGAGUCUUUUGCUGUCUCAAAAUAGAUUAACUGAGCUUGUGCCUUUAAAUUCAUUUGUAUCUUUGGAAAAGCUGGAUAUCAAAAAUAACUGCUUGUCAGACCUUAAAGGUGUCAUUACAUGGCUAAGUGGCUGUCAUAAACUCAGGGAGUUGUCAGUCAGUGGAAAUCCUCUUCUCCAGGAAAGGAAUUGGAGGCCUUCCUUCUGUAAGGUCCUUCCUCGUUUACAGUUUCUUGAUGUUGAGAUCUUAAAUUAUCAUAGUUCAGCGACAACUGAAAGAAUCAAAGGAUCAGAAUUGGGAACUUUUCUGGAACUUUGUCAAAUUCAAAUUGAUGAAAAUGCUCUAUUGAAAAAAAAGGCUGCUGAACAGGGAAUUAGCUCUUCCACUGAUUCUGCACAGGGACAAUGCUGGUAUUUUAAUCAGUGGAUGAAACUUAGUCUUAAACAUCGAUACGCACAUGAGUACGGUGAGCUAAACAUUACUGACAGAGAUGGACCAGGAGCACUGCAAAAUCAUUUAAAGCAAACAUCCACUGGCUGCCUACAGGAAAAUAACCUCUUUAUCACGGGUGCGACAGAAAAUAAACAGGUCUUGUUGGAUCCUUCCAAAAGAUGGAUUACUACUGGCCAUAUCCAGGCCACACUCAUUAACUCCUCCAUACCUGUGCACCAAAAGGAAAAUAAAGAAGAUCAGAGAGUGAAGCAGAAGAGCACUGAAUCUUGUAUUAAUUACAGUGGGGAGAGCAAAGACAACAAUAACAUGUCAUCCCAACUCUCACUGCAACAGUCAGUGAUAUUAGCAAGUAAUACAUGGAGAGUUCCUCAACAUUUUGAGAAUGAUAUGGGAAGGCUGCCUGUGGCAGCGUCGGUGAUCCAGUCCCGUUGGCGGCAGUGCUGUGCCAGGAGGAAAACUGACCCUGCCAACACGGAGGAGCAUCGGUUUACAGAGGCUGUGAGACAGAAGCAUGAAGCUGCCACACUAAUCCAGGCAUUUUGGAAGGGUUUUCUUUUGCGAAAGAAACUGGCCAGUGCUCUUGCAGCUGUUAAAAGUGAUGAAGUGGAGGAUGACUAUGAAGAAAUAAAUGUAGAUGAUUUUGCAUUUUUUGAAGCUGCAUUAGAGAAGGAAUGGCUAACUCUAGAUUCCACCCGUUUCCCUUCAAAAACACUCCUGCUCUCAAACCAGCUGCACUGGCCAAAGUAUUCUAGGCCUUCCAAUUCCAGUGGUCAUUCAAAUAGUUUGCCACUGUCGCCACAAGGAGCUUGGCAGUGUGUUAAGAGACCAUAUACAUGCUCAGCAGAAAGUACCCACUUUCACAGCAGGUCAGGGAAGGGAACAUUGCCACAGCUCUCUGACUGGAAGGAAAAAAAGAAAAUUUCACUCAUUUCUGAAAAAGAAGAGAAAAUUUCAGAAGAAUGGGGUUUUAAAGAUAUUUCUACUGCACAACUAAUGCUGAAGAGGGCCCAUAAAAUGAAGCCUAAAAAAUCUAGUUAUAAAAAUUUAGACCCAGCUGUGCGCCUGGCGUUGUUCAAAAACAAUGAAAAUAAAUAUCUCCAUGUGAAACCACCAAGGAAGACACAGCCUAUAAAUGCUGGUUACUUUGAAGGUAAAAAAGAAGAAUUUUCUCAGCUGGAUACUACUUUAGAUGAGAAAUUGCAAAGGAGAAAAGACUUUACAAGACAGUCUCUUCAUACACAGAUUUUGGAUUAUAAAACGGCCAGUUCUGAAAAUGCGAAGUGCUGUCAUUUUUUGCCGGAGUUAGAUCCUGCAAUACAUCACAGUAGACAAGUACAAGUUAUGGCAAGCCCUGUAAGCAGAGAAGACAUGGAUUUAGACCUUGUUUCCAUGGCCAGUGGAAGUGCCUUGACUGAGAACAGAGAAAAAAAUAAGCAGCCACACAGAUACUCAGCAAGAUCUUCAAAAAAGAAUAUAUCUGCUCCAGAAAAAUCAUGUUUGGGUCCAUCUCAUAAAGAACGGAUAUCAUUUCGAGACCAUCCAGUACAGCUCAGCGGAGGAUGGGGAGCAGGCAAAAAAAGGCAAAAGCAUAAUAACAUUAGCUGA